GCUCUAUCUCAUAUCAACACCACAAUUGAGUACCUACGAACAUGAUUCUAAGGACACGACUAUAUCGGUAAUUGAGACGGAAUAGGCUUCUGCCUUUAUAUGAACAUGUUUUGGCCUCUAGUGGCCGGAAGUCUUCUGCAGCUCGCCGCUGCAUUAACUCCUUUGUCGGACGAAAGCUUGCGUAAACUUCCUGCUGCCGGCGCAGAUUUCGACAUCAAGACAGGUGCAAUUCUUGCUCCAAUCUUGAUCCCUCGGGUCCCAGGAACGCCAGGCUCGAAACAGGUUCAGGAGCACUUCAGAGAUUGGUUCGCGACCAACCUGCCCAAGUGGAAGGUUGAAUAUCAAAACUCGACUGCGACGACUCCCGCGACUGGCACUGAUCAAGUCCCGUUUGUGAAUAUCAUCGUUACACGCGAUCCGCCAUGGGCGAAACCUGGGAAUGUGGGAAGGCUGGCUCUGGUUGCACAUUACGAUAGCAAACUCACCCCAACAGGAUUCAUUGGUGCAAUUGACAGUGCAGCACCAUGUGCGAUGAUUAUGCAUGCCGCGAGAAGUAUAGACGAGGCUAUGACCCGGAAAUGGGAGGCUAUGGAAGAGGCUGGCGAAGAGGGACUCGGGGACGACACUGGCAUACAAAUCAUUCUGCUAGACGGAGAGGAGGCCUUUGUGAACUGGACAGAUGACGACUCACUCUAUGGAUCAAGGUCCGGAGUCUCUAUCCUGUACGACACCAGAUACUAACUUUUAUAGAUCACUAGCAGAAUCAUGGGAAGCAACUAUCCAACCUGCGAUGUCCACAUAUCAAAACGCCCUUAGAUCCAUCUCUCUUUUCCUACUCCUCGACCUCCUAGGAUCAAAGGAUCCCAACGUCCCUUCGUAUUUCGAGACCACACAUUGGGCAUACCGACAUAUGAGCUCAAUCGAAUCUCGCAUGCGAACAUUAAGUCUGACGAAAUCGGACAAGGGCAGGAAGCCUUUCCUUCCAGACUACGACAAGGAAGCUAGUAGAUUUGGAAGAGGAGGAGGUAUCGCAGACGACCAUCUCCCCUUCAUGGCUCGCGGAGUCGAGAUAUUACACAUUAUCCCCUCGCCCUUUCCGCGCGUUUGGCAUACAUUGGAGGACGACGGAGAACAUCUGGAUAUGCCCACAGUAGAAGACUGGACUAUGAUUGUCACUGCAUUUGCUGCCGAGUGGCUAGAUCUUGAAGGCCACUUCCCGGAAAUGGGGGUAGUGGGAGUCAAUGAGCCGCAUGGACCGAAAAGGUCGGCUCCUUUAGAGAAGACUGAGCUGUGAGUUUGAUUUUACUACCGCUUUCUUCUUAUGGCUGGCAGCUU